AUGCGGUUACAUCUCCUUGGGCUGAUCGGAAUUUGUUUGGCGGGGCUUGCUUUAUUGGUCUUCACCGAAAAUAUCAAUCUCGUUGCUACAACGCAUACAAAUAUCAUGGCUGUCCCCCGGGUUCUUGCUCGUCGGGUUUUCCCUUCCUCUUCUUCAUUGUUUGGAUUACGGAGCAACGUUGCUGUUAAUACGCCUUCGCCUUUGGUGACUACUACUGCUUCUGCGAUUAGACCUUUCUCGUCCACUGGAUCAGUGAAGAUGCCUUCUCAAAUGCCUAGCUCUGAUGCGCUCGUGGAAUUGGCCAGGGGUCGCCAUUCCAUCUACAAGCUCGGGAGGAAUAGUCCCGUGCCGGACUCGAAGAUCGAGGAGCUCGUCAAUCAGGCUAUUUUGAAUGUCCCCAGUGCUUUUAAUACUCAGUCGACGAGGUUGAUUGUUCUGCUGCAUAAGGAGCAUGAGCGCCUUUGGGAUAUCACUAUGGACUUGUUCCAGGCCCGCGUUAAGGAGGGAACUCUGCCUGAGGAGACGUGGAAGAAUCAGACGCAGCCGAAGCUGCAGGGUAUGAAGAAUGGGAUGGGAACCAUCCUCUUCUAUGAAGACCCCGAGCACAUCAAGCCUUUCCAAGAGAAGUUCCCUGCCUACAAGGACCAGUUUGAGCCUUGGGCGCAUCAUACCAAUGCCAUGCAUCAGUACUUCUUGUGGAUUGGUCUUGAAUCCCUUGGCUUCGGUGCCAACUUGCAGCAUUAUAACCCGCUUAUUGAUUCCGCUGUGGCCAAGCAGUGGGAUAUUCCUACUGACUGGCGGCUCAUCUCUCAACUGGUGUUCGGUAGUCCCGAAGUAGAGGGUCAGGAGAAGCCGAAGAAGCCCGUUGAGGAGAGGGUGAAGGUUUAUGGCAAGUUGUAA